AAAGACUUUGCGUGUCGCUCAUCAACAUCUCUCUGUUCUACGGUUCUUGAGUUUGAGUUGCCCAACUUCUAAAUUCUUCAUCAUUUCUUCACCAUAAACAUUCUCCUUUUUAUCCUUUCAGAUAUAUAUUUUUCUUUCUUGUUCCCUCUUCAAAAAAGAAAAAAAAAAAAAAAGGAAAAAGAAAAAGAGGUACUGUUGCUCAAACGCAUCUCCACUACCCGGAUUCAGUUCUAAGUUAGCAUUCAGAAGCAAAGCUCAAGCUAAACGCUAAGGUACCCUUGCCCUUUGGAUCCUUUUUUAGCAUUGACUUCUAGGAUCAGCAUUGUUGAGUUUAAGUUGCCUAAUUUCAAGUUCUUCGCUUCUUCAAGUUCGAUCCAUUCCGAACUCUCCUCAUCUUUGUCCAGCUACUUCACUCAGAGUUACCAUUUCAGAAGUACAACUAAAGGCAAAGAUCAAAUUAGUUGUUCCAACACAAUGGAAGCCCUGUCUAUGGUUGCUCAACCUCUUUUGUCAGCUACUUUUGAUUGGAUGCUCCAGAAGUUGGAUGGUUUCAUUUCCAGCAAUUCUCAGGGAUUACAGGAAGAGGUCCAUGCUAAUUUGAGAAAAUGGAGGACCUUGCUACCGCAAAUCCGUGGUUUGCUCAGAGAUGCAGAAGAGAAGCAACUCUAUGAAAAUUUCGUGAAGAUCUGGCUUGAUGAUCUCAAUGACUUGGCUUACGAUAUGGAGGACAUUUUUGAGGAAUUAAAGGCUGGUAUUGAUGUUCAGUGGAGCAGCUUGAUAGCAGAACCUCAACAAGCCACUAGCAGCAAAUUUAUCCCAACUACAUGCUUCUCUUGUUUCAAAGGCAACAAUUUCAUGUUUGAUUCCCAAACCAUUUCUAAGGUGAAGGAUAUUUCUGAGAGGUUGAACAACUUGGUUGACCAAUCCAUCACACUUGGCCUAGCAAGUUUAAGAGCGCAAGCUGGAGAGCGGCCCAACAGAGUAGAUGCAAUAAGGAUCACCACUUCUCUGCCUGAUCCUUAUGUUUGUGGUCGGGAGAGUGAUAAAUCAGAUAUUCUCCGAGAGGUGCUAGCUGACAGAGGCAGUGAUAAAGGAUAUUCCGUAAUUCCCAUCGUUGGAAUGGGAGGUGUUGGAAAGACAACAUUGGCUCGAUGUAUUUACAAUGAGGUGGGGGGAAGCUUUUACCCCAAAGUUUGGGUCUGUGUUUCUGAUCAAUUCAAUAUUUUGAGCAUAACAGGAUCAAUUUUAAAGGCAGUAUCUAAUGACCAGUGUGAUUUGAAAGAUCUAAAUCUGCUUCAAGAAAGAUUGAGGGAAAAAUUAUCUUAUAAGAAGUUUCUUCUUGUUCUGGAUGAUGUUUGGAAUGAAGGCUCAGUUCCAUGGGACACCCUGCAAAAACCUUUUCAAUUAGGAUCAGCUGGAAGCAAAAUAAUUGUUACAACUCGUAACGAGAAUGUUGUAAAAACCAUGGAUAGGAAAGCCAAGAUUCACCGGUUAAAACUAUUAGAAUUUGAACAAUGCUUGCCAAUUCUAGCUCAGCAGGCAUUAGGAGAGAAGAACUUUGGUGCACAUCCAAAUUUGAAAGAAGUUGGUGAAGAAAUCGUUAAAAAGUGCAAUGGAUUGCCGUUGGUUGCCAGAGUCACAGGGGGCCUCUUACAACGUUCGCUUGACCGGGAAUAUUGGAAAUACAUAAACAAUAAAAUGUUGAAUUUACAAGCACAGGAAAGUGGGAUUCUACCAGUGUUGAUGCUGAGCUACCAUGAUCUUCCUUUUUAUUUGAAGCAAUGUUUUGCAUAUUGUGCUUUGUUCCCUAAAGACUACCCAUUUAAGAAGGAUGAGUUAGUUAUGUUGUGGAUGGCAGAAGGACUCUUGUGGCAAAAACCGGGAGAUCAAAAUAUAUUGGAAGAAAUCGGGCAUCAAUAUUUUUGUGAGUUACUUUCAAGAUCAUUUUUUGAGCAGUCUAGUGGGAAUGAAUUAGAGUAUGUAAUGCACGAUCUCAUACAUGAUUUGGCUCAAUUUGUUGCUGGAAGAACAUGCCACAACCUACAGAAUAUGUUGGAGGUUGAUAAGAAAUCUGAGGUGAAAAUUGAGAAGGUUCGACAUUUAUCAUUCCAUUGUAGUUUUUUUGACGUCUCUGAGAAAUUUGAAGUUCUGAAUGAAAUGAAGAGUUUACGAACACUCAUUGUUGCUAAUCCAAAAGCUCGUGGGUGCUUUUUGGCAAAGACAGUGGUGCUUGAUUGGAUACCAAAAUUAAGAAGCUUAAGGGCAUUAUCUCUCAAGGGUUAUCAUAUAAGAAAGCUACCAGAUUCAAUCAGGGAUUUAAAAUGUUUAAAGUACCUUGAUUUGUCUGAAACUAGGAUACAAAGUCUACCUGAAUCAAUAGUUUUCCUCCUCCAAUUACAAACAUUGUUGUUAUUCAACUGCAAAAGCUUUUCAAAGUUUCCUGUGAAAAUUGGGAACUUAAUUAACCUCCAUCAUCUAGACAUUAGGGGAACAGAUUCCUUGAAAGAGAUGCCAUCCAGAAUAGCUAAUCUCAAAGAUCUGUUGACACUGAGCAAAUUCAUUGUGGGGAAGGAAAAUGGAUCAAUUAAAUUAUCUGAUUUGGAGAACCUUUCACAACUUAAAGGAGAAUUAUCUAUUCUAGAUUUGCAUAAUGUAUUGGAUGUUCAUGAUGCUAGGAAGGCCAGCCUGGACAAGAUUGAUGGUCUUGAUUGGUUGCUCUUGCAAUGGACUUCUGAAGUUGGCAGUUCUAGGAAUGAAGACAGGGAAAUGGAGCUGUGCAAGUGUAGAAGAAGCACUUCGUUACCAUCACUGGGGCAAUUACCAGCACUCAAAGAAUUGAUAGUGGAAGGCAUGGAUGCAAUAGAAACAGUGGAUUAUAUGUUUUAUGGGCAUGGCACUUUUCAAUCUCUUGAGAAGUUGGAGUUUCGUGACAUGUUAGUGUGGGAAGAAUGGACUUCUACAACAGGAGGUGGAGUGGGAUUCUCAUGUCUUCGUGAGCUUGUGAUUGAAAAUUGUUCUAAGUUGAUAGGACAAUUACCCAGUCAGUUGUCUUGUGUUAUUAAUCUUGUGAUCAGAAGAUGCCCAAAGUUAAGAUGCCCAUCAUCUAUGGGUCUUCAGUCACUACAAAAGCUGAAUAUUGAAGACUGCAAUGUGGCCUUUUUGAAUAGCUUGGCUGAUCUCAUCUCUCUUACUAGCUUGGAAAUUAAGAGAAUUUCAGGACUUGUUUGCUUGGCUAGGAGUUUUAUUGAGUCCUUGAUAGCAGUUGAGAAGGUGGAGAUUAAAGAAUGCCUCGAGCUUACUUGUUUGUGGGAGGAAGGUGCCGAGAUAGAAAACCUUGCUCGUCUUGAGAAAAUGAACAUUGAGAGCUGUCCUCUGCUUGUUUCAUUGACGGGGAAAGAACAUGGCCUUCUUCCUUUCAAUCUUAAACAUCUCACACUUUCAAGUUGCAAGGCUUUAGAGUCAUUAACUGAUGCGAUGAUGAUGAAGGUAGAUGGAAGCAGUAGCAGCAACAACAUGUUGAGACUUGAUUCAUUAAGCAUCUACAAUUGUGAGUCUCUCAAGUCUUUACCCACCACCAUGGUUAAACACUUGACAAUUAAUGGAUGUGUCAAUUUUGAGUCUUUACCAGAUGGAGUAUUAUUGCAAGAUGAUGGUGACAGCAACAGCAAUCUUGAAUAUUUGAGAAUAGAGAGACUUCCUUCUCUAAAUUCUGUUGGGAGUGGUCAUCUGCCAGCUUCUCUCCAGGAAUUUACUGUUGAAGAUUGCAAGAGGUUGGAAUCAUUUCCAGAGAGGAUGCUGCAACAUUGUACGGGACUUGAAUCCAUACGAAUUGGGGAUUGUGAAGUAUUGAGAAGCUUAUCCCUUGAUGGCCUCAGCAAUCUUCGUGAUUUGAACAUUAGAAGGUGUGCAGUUUUAGAAUUCUUCCUAGAAAUGGGCCUCUCCUUGCCCAAUCUUAGGUCUUUGACAAUUAUAGGUUGCCGAGGGUUGGAGCGCAUUCUAGAUGGGGGUUUUCCCCCAAACUUAACAGAUCUUAAAUUAGACGGUGAGCAUCUGAAGCAGCCGGCAGUGGAACGGGGCCUCCGCAAUCUUACCUCUCUUCAAAGUUUUGGCAUUUAUAACACGUGUCCUCCUCCGGGAAUUGUGCUUCCUCCUUCUUUAAUAUAUGUCGUGAUAGCAAAUGCAAAGAAUCUGAAAUCCAUACCCAGAGGACUCCUCCAAAACCUCAACUCUCUUGAAUAUUUAGGGAUUUAUUGCUGCCCAAAGCUACGGUCCUUGCCGAGGGAAGGCCUGCCUCCGUCGCUUGGAUAUCUCUGGAUCUAUGAGUGUCCGCUUCUAAAACGACAACGCUUUGAGGAGAAAGGAGAAUAUUUGUCUCUCACUCGUACCAUCCCUCUCGUCCAAAUAGAUGAUGAUGAGGUAAAAACCUACACUCAAACUCACACUCUGAUGUAGAUACAAACAAGGAUAGCCUCUUCUUCUUCUCCUUCUUCUAAUUGUUGGAAGCUAACUUUUCUUACACAUGUUCAUUAGCUAUAACCACCAAAGCCAAUUGUUACCUGAGUGAAAUCUGGAAUGAAGGUACAGACUUAUUAUUGAGGUACCAUAUUACUGCCAGAACAGUACUUGGGAAACCCAUAUCUUUGGAGAUAGCUUCCUUGUAGAUACCUCUAUGAAUUGUGCAUCCGGACUCAGUUUGCAAAUUGUGUUUGCCGAACCAUCUUUACCAUGAUCUAGGGUGGGCAGCCUGCCAGAUAAGCCAGUAGACCAAGCUGUUGUUCUUUGGCAAUGUUUAAUUCUCAGUUAUUUCCAGUUAGCUUAAAUAAUUGUAAGUGCAACUUUGCAAGAACACCAUUUUACUUCUGAAUACUAUUAAAUUCUCUUCUGAUUCUAGGUUGCACCUUAUUUUUUUCAUGUCACUAUUUUCUUAAUUCAUCCCUAACCCACGGUUUUUUUCUCCAACUUCUCUUGACUUAUAUUGAAGACAAUUUAAGGAUAUUAAGGCAGAUGUCUGGUGUCAUGCUACCUUCUAAGUAGGAGGCAACAUUUCUGGCAGUAGCUAAGAAAUGAACAGUCCAAUAAUGUUCAUCCUUAUAGGCAAGUGUAGAGAGCACAAGACAGCUGCACUAACCACUUCUUUGUUUAACUAUGGUCUUAUUUGGGGAUUUAGUUCUGAGAUUAAUGUAAUGUGAAGACAAGAAGAGGUGCCUUUCAAUACCCAUCAUAGUCAUAGCAACAAAUUUCUCCUGUUUCAGGUUAAGACAAUUCAACCAAAAGAGGCUUGCCUUGUAAAUUUUAAAAAUCUCCAAUUAUGUGAUCCUAAGGACAUCAUCGCUUGGAGUCCUGACUCUUUCUUCUCUUCAGCUGCACUCACUGCAGAUAUCCCUCAAGGGUUUUGAAGCUGCUAUUGCAGUUGGAGCCAAGGAAGUAGCAGCAGCUGCCUCAGCUUCAGAGUCUUUUUCAAAGUCAAAAACUAAGAAAGCAUUGAAGAUAGUCUGUCUUAUUGUUUUGAUGUUAUUUCUGUUGCAAGAGAGCUUUAAAUACCUGUUUUUGGGUAGGUUACUAACUACCGUUGAAAUUGUUGUAUAUUCCUUAAGAGGAAAAAGGAGGAAAAGUGGGUAGAAAAGUUAGUCUUAUUUCUUCCUAUUGAAUUCUCAAUCAGUUUAGUCUUCAACUUUGUUGACAUAUAUCAUGUGUCAUGGGUUGCCCUGUAGAAGUAAUGUUGUUGGCACACCUGAUAAUGUUUAAAACUGCAUUCUGUUCAGAAUCCCACGUUAUUUCAAAAAUAAGUUAUGUUAUUUCUUUUCCUUUAUAUCUUAUCUUGGGAGAGGGGGUUGGCAAGGGUGCUGUUGGUUUGUGAAACAUGACAGUGCUUUUCAUGCACACAAAUAGCAUGAAGCUUCUUCUAAAUCCAUUAUCUGAUGCAGGCUCUGAUUGAUUAUGAUUGUCAGUACAUGGCUUUUUGGCUACUGCUAUAAGUUGAUGGAAAUGGAUUACAAGUGAAAAUGCUUUCCAUGUUUUUACUGAUGGGGAUCAGCAUCAUGGACUCAUUGGUUUCAGGUCUUGGAGGUUAUCCAUUUAAUCCUAGAGUUCUAUUAAUAAAUGUUACCGCUGAGG